AUGUCUCGAGUGCCAUCGGCUAGCGCUGCUAUCAGAGAUUUUCUUCGCAACUACGAAAUGCUUGAUCGAAUGUGGCGUUAUGGAAUCUAUUCACCUUUGGAGAUUCUACGCCAAAGCCUUCCAGGAUCUUUGGUCCACAUGCUCCAUUUCAUUGAUCACGUCUCAUCAACGCUGAACCGAAUCUUAGUGUUUGAUCCAGCUCUUGAGGUGAUAUUGUAUGAACAAUUGGGUGAUGUGACACGAUAUCGUAUGGCUGUGGAAAGACAGGAUCGGAAACAUUGGGCAGGCAUAUCGCGGUAUUGGUACCGAAAGGCUGCGGACCGAAAUCCCAAUAUCGGUAGAAUCCAACAUUCUCUUGCAGUUUUGUCGCACUCUGAUGCUCUUCAAAAACUCUUUUAUCUUACCAAAGCAUUCGUCUGUGUGCAGCCACUUGACGGCAGCCGGGCGACCAUUGACAUUUUCUUCAAUCACUGGAAGGGUUUGGCCCUUCAACGUGAUAGCAUGGCCAGUCACUUUGUGGUUGCACAUAGUGUCCUACUUACGGAUGGCUCGGGAGAGCAGCUUGAGACAUUGAUAAAUGACUUCAUGUCGCUCUUACCGAUGUACAUUCAACGCCCUAGUAGCCGAAAUCAACACGAGGUGUACAUCAUGUCCUGCAACAUCGCCUCUGUACUUGGUUACGGUACACCUGUAUACCCACACCUGGCCGAUCUGUUUUCCAAGAAGCAGAGUAGUGGUACUGCGAAUGAGUCGACAUCGGCAAUGGAAAAAGAAGAUGUAAGCAAUAGCCCUACCGGAUUGCAUUCGCAGCUCAAACUAAAUCAAGCAUUCCAGGCAAUCCGCCUCACUUUUCAAACUCUUUCGAUUCUUCUUCGAUACAGUAACUUCCCCAAUGCAAUCCCAGGGAUCCAUAUCUCUCUGGCAUUUCUCUGGCGCGUCUCUUUUCAUCGCUCCGUCAUGGAAAGCUUGGAGGCCACGGUUCCCUGGCAAGCAGUCACUGGAUUCCUCAAUAGUCUGUUUUCGCACAAUACUGCUUUCUCGAGGAUUCAAGACGAGAAGUUCCCAAUUGGCGAAUAUGAAACAGCUCCACAGCUACCAGAAGACUUUUUGAUACGCGGCCAAGUGUGGAGUCAAUUCUAUUAUCCAGACAACUUCUUCAAAGAUAUAUCAGGGUACGGCGUUUCAAUCGAUGAAAUGGAUUCUGAGGAAGUAGUGAGAAGACACAGGUGCCUCUGGCUAGGUGUGCAAAUAGCAAAGGUCAGUUGGCAUUACUUGGGACGUGAUUUAUUUGAGGGAGAAGGCAGAGGUACUGACUUGUCAUACAGUUUGGUUGCUGGAUAA